CGCGUUCAAGUGAAAAAUUGAUUUGAAACGUAUUUUGAAAAAAGUAUGAGCUCUCGGGGUGAUUCUUUUGUUAUAGCAUAGUUAUUUUUUAAAAAUCCCGACCAUUCUUUCACAGGCUCAAUUAGUAUUGCACGUUACUGUAUUCCUAUUUAGGUUCUGUUUGUUUUAUUUGCUUCAUGUUCAGUUUUGCGAUCCGUCUAUUUUCUUGUUCUAUUUACUGUGUUUCUGGUUUACGAUCUCUCUCUCUCUCUCUCUCUCUCUCUCUCUCUCUCUCUCUCUCUCCCUCUCCUCUCUCUCUGUCUCUCUCGUUUUGUUUUUAUUUAUUACAGCCAUCAUUGAAGCUGCCUUGGCGUUGUACUUUUUGCGCGUAUAUUUUUUUUAUUCAUCUUUUUACAUUUAUUUUUAUUAUGAGAUAAGAUAAUCUUAUGCAUAUAAUGCGCAGCUAUUAUUUUACAAAGUUAUUAUUUUAUUAUUAAUUAAAAAUAUCGGUUAAGCUAAAAAUAAGACAGAUAGGAAACGGUAUUUUUACAAGGCUUCAAUCAAGAUUAUUAUGCAAUAAGCAGUUAGGUCGAAGAUUCAUUUAAUAUAAUGCGUCCUAAUAUCAAGGAUAAAGAUUCAUUCAACGUUGAAGGAAAAGUCUGAAAUUUCCAGAAAAGGGGACAGGAAUUGAGAUACGAAUCCGUGAUCGAGAAAGAGAUAAAAGUAAGUCCUAUCGAUUUCGGAAUAAAGUUAAGAAGCUACUUUCUAUCCUUAAGUUGUAACAGCGCCAUGGAAGAUCUAAGAUUAUAUUAAAGAUAUAAUGCUAUACGAGGCAGUGGGUCACAUAGUAGGAGGGCCAAAUUCACAAAAUUCGAGGACAACUUACGAUUGGCUAUCUCUUCAAUAUUACUCGAAACGUAGAAGAAGUUAUUGGUUCUACGGAGAAGCGCAAUCUAUCUUACAGAACAAAAUUACUAAUUUAUUUGUCCGUGUCAAAUAUUGUCUCAGUUCUUCCUCCCCGUUUUUAAUAUGUAUUAAUGUGCAAUUUAUUUGGACUGUAAAUAUAAAAGUUAUAACAGUUAUAUUAAAAGUACAAAAACUCUAUGUAUGGUUUAAAAUAUAUAAAAGUUAUUUACGCAGAUAUAAGUCAAAAAGGGACUUCUUUAAAAAUUGUAAUUAUCUUUUAUUUGUACACGAAUGGUAGAGAAAUGAACAGGUCGCAUUUUUAUGUAAGGUAAAGAGAUCCGCGAGCAUAAAAAAUUUGCGCGCUACUAUUAUAUAAGGUGAUUUGUUAGAUAAUUUCGAGAACAUUGAUAGUCUAGAAAUUUCACAACAGCGUCACGUGACAUAACGCACGCAACGGUGCGUUACCGUAAUACACAUGCGUCAUUACCAUGGCGACAACCUGCAGUUCGACGCUGUAAACAGAGGGUCAAGGGUCUGGACUGUUUCGCAAACCGCGAUUUACUUGAGUAUUGUUGACCGAAGGCUCGAAAUAGAGGUUAACACUUUUUUUUUUCAACGAGCAUGUCAGUGGAAGGACAAUUUUUCCUCUCCGUUACCGGCUCCAUCGAGCAUGCAGAGUUCUACGACGUCAAUAACGCUUAUUGCAAGUACAGCUUUCAUUUCGGGCCAGACUGGAGCGUCGUUGCGGGAAUCGAAGAGGGACUGACGCAGAUGUGCAAAUGCAGCAACGAUCCGAGAAAUCUCGCCGUUUGGAAUUUUCCCUUGGACAUUACGUUCAAGAGUACAAGUCCACACGGAUGGCCACAGCUCAUCAUGUCGAUUUACGGCUUGGAUCUUUUCGGUCGUGACAUCAUCAGAGGAUACGGAGUGUGUCAUUUGCCUCUGAAAACUGGGCGUCACGAGAAAAGGGAAGGAGAUCUGCGGGAACGUCGGAUGAUAUGUGCGUUGCGGAAUCGGGUGCCGAUCUACGUACCGGAAUCGUCGUCCAUGCUGCAGCAUUUCGUCGAGUGGUUAACUGGCAGAAGACCGGAAUUAAUUGAUCCCACCAUACUGGCAUCCGGCGGCGGCAGAGAACUCACACGCAUGAGGGUUGAGGGAGUCGUUACCGUAACGUUCAACGUCGUUUUAAAGGAUUUGUUCAAGCUGGGUUACGACAACGGCGAGAAAUGGAAGAAAUGAUAACGCGACCGUAAACUCUCUUAGCCUGAAGAGGAUUACCUCGCCGAGGGGAUUAUCUUAUCAAAGAGCAAUACAAAAUCCCGUUUUAAAUAAUAUUUUGACGAAUAAACGAGGUGUGAUUUUUCCGCA